AUGAAGGCGAUAAUAUUUCGUAUUAGUUCAAGAUUAAGAAUCAUUUAUCAAUAUUUAACUCCACCUGAAUCAAUUGGUGGUUGUGGUAUUACUCCAAAUAAUGGUGAUUGGAAAUUUGUUAAGAGUAUAGUUCCUGUUAAACAUUGUUUUGGUGAUUCUGUUGUGACUGAAGAAACUAAUUUGAAUAUAUUUCAAAAGAAUUUAUCAACUAAUAGAAUUAAAAACACUUAUGGGGUUCAAAUUGCUCUUUAUUUCGAGUUUUUGAAAUAUUAUACCAUUUGGUUAUUGUUUAUUUCAGCAGUUGGUGUGGCAUCCUUCUUUAGAAGAGAGAGAAAUACAUAUUCAUUAACAUAUACAUUUAUCAAUUUAGCUUGGGGUAGUUUAUUUGUCUUUUUUUGGAAUAGAAGAGAGAAAUAUUUGGUAAACACUUGGAGAGUUCAAAAUUGUCAUUUACUUGAAGAAUAUAAUUCUCGAUUGGCUCAAGUUAAUAAAAAAUUUGAAGUCAAAUCAAGUUAUUUCCAUAAAGAUAAUAGUGAAUGGUAUGUCUUUAUGAAACAAUUGGCAUUUAUUCCAAUUGCAAUUGUGUUUACUGUUAUUUUGAUUAGUUAUCAAUUGGCUUGUUUCUUUUUGGAAAUCUUCUUAGCUGAUAUCUAUGAUGGACCAGGUAAGAUAUUCUUAUCAUUAUUACCUACUAUUUUAAUUGUUGGAUUUGUCCCAAUUCUUACAUUGGUUUAUAAUUUUGUUUCUGAAGUUGUUGUUAAUUGGGAAAAACAUGAUAGUGAAUACAGUCGUCGUAAUUCAAUGAUAAUUAAAGAAUUUGUGUUGAAUUUUUUGACAAGUUAUGUUCCCUUGAUCAUUACCUCAUUCUUAUAUCUUCCAUUUGCUCAUUUGGUUAAACCUCAUUUAAAUGAUAUUAAAGAUACAAUUAGUACCUAUGUCGGUGAUGAUAAGUUUUAUUAUCAUUAUUUGAUAACCCUCAAAAAACAAGAAGAUUUCCAAAUGAAUCAAAACAGAUUAAAUAUCCAAUUCUUUUAUUUCAUCGUCACCAAUCAAGUUGUCCAACUCGGUCUCAAAUAUAUCUUACCUUUAGUUUUAAAGAGAGUAUUCAAAAUCAUAGACACCAAGAAUAAAACAUUUAAUCCCCGUGAUACCAAUGGAGAAGGUAUUUGGUUAACAAAUAUCAGAGCCUCGUUGAAAUUAACCGAAUAUAACGUCAAUGACGAUUUCAGAAUGGUAGUUUUACAAUACGGUUAUCUUAUCAUGUUUGGCCCAGUAUGGCCCUUAGCACCAUUAGUAUGUGUCAUAUUCAAUUUAAUCACCUACAAGCUCGAUAAUUUAAAAUUAUUAAAUGGGAAAUAUUUCAAACCCCCAGUCCCCACCCGAGUUGAUUCAAUUCAUCCUUGGAAUAAAGGAUUAUUCUUAUUGACUUGGAUAGCUUCACUUAUGUCACCAAUCGUGACUGCCUUUUAUCGUCAUGGAACUGCUCCACCUAAGACAUUGGGACAAUUGGCAUUGGAUAAAGCCAGUGUUAAUAUUUCGUCGUCGGCCGAAUUUGUGCUUUUGAUGUUUUUAUCCGAACAUAUGUUUUUGGCCCUUUGUUAUGUUUUAUAUAAGUAUUCGGAAUUAUUUAAGAGUCAAGUUGAAUGGGAGAAUGAUUUUGUGGAUAAUGAUAUUAAAUUAAGACAUGAUCAUUAUACUGCGAAAGUUAAGCCUCAUAUUCCGGUACAUGGUGAUGGAGAGUGGGAUAAGAUUACUCCAACUGCGACUUUGAGUUAUUUGACAACAAGUCAAGAAGUAGACACGGAAUUAGUUGGAUCGAAAUCGGAAUCAUUCCUGACUUCUUCCAAGCCGGCAACUACCACGGCCACCCUUCGUUCUGAAAAAAUGGGAAAUGACGAACCAAGUAUUGAAGUCUUGAUUUCAAAGAAGACAAAUCCUGAUGGUGAAUUAUCGGGGAAGAAAGCGCCUAAGGAGGAGAUUAUUGGAAGCAAGGAAGAUUUAGAAAAGAUUAGGGAAAAAGGUGAUAAAAUCAUAACCACUAAGAACGAUGAAGGUAAUUUACAAUAUAGUACCAUUGAUGAUAAUACCCAUGUGGAGCCACCAUCAUCUGAAGAUAAAACUACAUCAUCUUCAGAAAAGGAUGCUGCUAGUAUACUGAGUCUGGGAUCUUUUAAGGACAAAUUAAAGAAGGCAAAGAAGGUGUUUAACAAGCGUAAAGAUUAG